AUGGAGGUUGUGUGUUUACCGGAAACUUUCGGUACAUCCGACGGCGGCCGUGGCGGCCGUUCCGGUGCGAGGGCUGCCAGAAACAAGCUGCCCCAAUGGCUGGUGCUGUAUACAGUGCUUGCGAAGGAAAGUGAGCAUGCUGAGAUCACACAUCUGUGCCGUGCCACAGAUGUGUUUGAGAAUUGGAGCAAUGCGACCCCAGCAGAGCUUCAUGAAAUCCAGCUUUGGAGCGGCUACGGCCAAAGACAGAGGAAGCGUGACCGUGAUAGGCAAGCUCAGAAAGAGUUUUUUUGUUUCGUGCUGGAUCGUUGCUUUCUGCUCCGGUCGCCGGUGCGAUUGAAACGGGAGCAGUUUCAAGGCAGGCAGUUGCAGCGUGUGUCUCGUCCGACCUAUGAGGUGUACAAGCUUUUGAGUGAAGAGCCAGGGCAACACUUGAUGGCUUGUCCUUCUGGGGGAGAUUUGCUCCCAGAGUUGAAGCGGGAGAAAGGGUGGUUGGUGCAGGUCCCACGGGGCCUGGCCGUUCUGUCUCAGACACAGGCAGUGGCCACACCACUGAAUCUGUGGAUGCCGGGGAGCAUGAUGGCAGGCUUGCACGUUCAGGCCAGAUGGAACAAAAGCAUUGUGCGUUUGAGCUCCAUGCAGGAGAUACAAAUCGUCAGGUUAAACUUCGCCAUGCAGAAUGCCAAGGACAUUCCUGUCGUUGUGAGCUGCGUGGCCCGUUUCCUGGAGCCGAAGCUAGGGCCCUUCGACCCUGAAGCUCUUCAGCAGAUGCUUGAGUCUGUGCCUGGUAAGUACAAACUCCACACCCAAAUGCUUCGCCUGGAUUGGCUUCACAUGCACCACAGAAGAUGUCUGAUGGCAGAGCAAGCCCUCUGUUCUCACACGUCUGUCAGCAGAUUCUUGAGCAUGGAUGCCAGCCCCCAAGGGGGGUACGAAUACUUGGCAAUGACAGAGGAAGUUCUUGUGAGAAAGUUGCCGUUCAUGCCACCGGCAGACCCAUUUAAAGGUUUCUCACACGAAUUUAGGUUAAUGCCUGUCAUGACUUUGGCCAGAGGAGAGGCCAGGACAUUUGUCAAGGCCCAAAGGUUGAAGUCUGCAAUAAUCCUGGAGGCUGGAGAGCCUCAUUUCCAGCUUUACAGGAAACAAGUGAAGGGCUGGGUUUCAGAUCAAGGAACGGAGCGAUUGAUACCGGAAUGGCCCAUAGGCGACGAGGCUGCCAUGAAAUCCUUAGCAGCAUCCUUGAAGGAGGAGGCCACCCUAGAAAACCUGGCUGCUGGCACAAGUGAAGCCUUCCUUUUCAACAGCCUGAAGCAUCCAGGGAUCCUCCAC